UUGUUUUACCGUUUCAUCUUUGGCGUGCCAGGAGACACCCGGCGUUUGGAGGACAGUCAGGUACUCAAAUGUGGUUAUCCACAGCAUCGAUUCACAAGGUGAGGACGACAGAUUAAACCAUAGCAUGUCUGGAUUAAAAAAUCAUGUGUCACUGCCUGUCGCAGUGGGUUUCAUGUUAGUGGGCCUCCCAUACUCCAUCUCCUUGGCUGCUCAGUGGCUUUAUGGCUGGCCAAACAAACCCGGAUACAAGAAGUACAUGGAAGCUCUCAAACCAAGGCGGAUAUACUGUUUGACCAGAGCGGUGCUGGAAACCUUGAAAUAUCUGCAGUAUGGGAGGCUUUACUUCCAGUGGAGGUCAUGGUACAAGAACGACAAAAACCGUAAACAUUAUGAAAAGGGCAUCACGUUUGGCCGUCGAAGCAACAAGCUGGACUUGUACCAUCCUCCAAACGUGGGCGGAUCUAAAGAAGUGCCGUCCCCGCUGGUGGUUUUCAUCUAUGGAGGAGCAUGGGGCUCUGGAGACCGAUCCAUUUACUGUUUGCUGGCCAGGCAGAUGGCUGAAGAACUUGAUGCUACAGUCAUUUGUCCUGAUUACUGUACCUAUCCAAAGGCAAACGUUUUAGGGAUGGUGCAGGAUAUCGCGGACUGCUUGGUUUGGGCCCAAGAGAAUGGAGCAAAAUUCAACUUUGACAAAGACAAUGUAGUGUUAAUUGGUCAUUCAGCGGGUGCACAUUUGUGUGCACUGACCAUUCUGUUUCUCAUUGAUGCAAGAGAAGAGCUUUUCAUGGAGGUCAGCAAACAGAGAGACAUUACACUGGCAGUAAGAGGCAUUAUUGGCCUGAGUGGUGUCUACAACAUCAUGGACCAUUAUGAGCACGAGCAGAAGCGAGCAGUUGAGUACGUCUCCACCAUGCACAAAGCCAUGAACGGGGUGGAGAACUUCCCGUACUACUCUCCAACAUACAUACUGAAGGAACUCAGUCAGGACAAACUGAGCAGAGUCCCUCCAUUUGCUUUGCUUCAUGGGACCAUUGACAUUAUCGUUCCUGUGGAAUCUUCCACAAAGUUCUCCGAUCUCCUCACCUCGCUCUCCAUAAAGGUAUCGCUCUACCUGCUGCCUAAAGUUGACCACACUGAGAUCGUCACCGACCUCAUGGCCUCAGACAGGCGCUUCUACCAUCCCAUCUACAGCUGUAUCAAACAGGAGUACAGAAAACUCUCAGGGUCCUGCUGAUGUCCAAUCAAAUCGUUUAUCCAUGGCUUAUUUUACUGAUUGUUCCAGGAUGUGUUUACGGCAUUAUCUGCUCUAAUACCUCAACAUAGAACCGAGUGAGCCUUGAUUUUAACUUGAUUCCUUUAAGUCAUGAUUCUGUUAUAUUGGUUAUAUUCCAAAUGCCUCUGUUGUUUUUGUUGAGUUAAUCAAGGAGUUUUACCUGAAUUACUUUGAACCUGUUUUCUGGGGAAAAAAUGGAUUGCAUGAAAUCAUUCCAUUCUAAUAUUGUCAUAGAGAGAUUUUUACCUGGAUUAAAGUGAGGUGAUAUAGGAAAUAUGAAGGAAAUCCUGAUUGCAGAAAUAUGAAAACAAGUGAAGAAGUAUGUUACAAUUUGUUGUUACAGGAGUCACGUUAACAAAUCUGCACCUCUUUCUGGGCCAAUACUCUUCGAUUAACCUUUAUGAUGUUACCAGAUGAAACUUUUUAUGGUUUAUUGUGUUAUGUUAAAUGACUAUUUAAUGAUCUCAGACGCAUUAAACCUGAAUGAAGGAA